UUAUGUAAAGCUGGAUGCUGAAUGAUUGGUUGAUUGUUUAAAUCCCAGAAGGUUUGGGUGGUUCCUCCUUAUGGAAAACAGAGAAGCGACUGGAAGCUGUUCACUCAUUCAUUCAUCUCACUGCAGCCCAGCACUACGGUACUAAAGCUCCUCUGUUGCGUUGUGAGCACUAACAGCAUUAGCUAGCAAAGCAAACAACUGCUAAAAUGACACGACUGAAGCGUUCAACGUGAAGUGGAUGUCCAAAAUGUGAAGCUCUGCCUGCAUUUUUAUGAACCUGAAUCACCGGGGAAUCCGACAAUCAUCAUCAUCAUCAUCAGUGGCACAGCGAAAGCAGCAAAGGAGGUGGUGGCUUCUCAGCAAGGAUCAUGUGGUGGGCCUGGCCGUUCCUGCCUGCUCUGGUGCUUCUCUCAGAGCUCUCUGUGGUGAGAGUCCAGACAGCACCGUGCCAAACCUGCAAAAAACUCACUGAGAGUUUCAUUAAGGGCUUGGAGAGAACAGCCAAUAAGAACUUUGGGGGAGGAAACACUGCCUGGGAGGAGGAGAAGCUGGCUAAAUAUGCAACCAGUGAAACUCGCCUACUAGAGAUAGUAGAAUCUGCUUGUGAGAAAACAGAUUUUGAAUGUAAUCGACUGCUGGAGCAGAUAGAGGACCAAGUGGAGACAUGGUGGUUCCACAGACAGCAGGAAGCACCAGACCUGUUUGAGUGGCUGUGUAUAGAGGAGCUGAGACUCUGCUGUCCACCUGGACACUUUGGACCUGACUGCAAAGAGUGUCCAUCUGGACCCGGUGGCACAUGUGGAGGUCUGGGCCGCUGUGAAGGGGAGGGUACUCGCCUGGGAGAUGGAGAGUGUGUCUGUGAUCCCGGGUACUCAGGCCAUCUUUGCCAAAGCUGUGCUGAUGGUUACUACAGAGAGAAAAGCUCCAAUAACAGCAUAGCAGCCUGUGCAGCCUGCUACCACUCAUGCAAGAAAUGCUCAGGGCCGCAGGACUACAAAUGUCUGGACUGCAAACCCGGCUGGAUCCUUCAUGACAACAAAUGUGUUGACAUCGAUGAAUGCGGUACAGAGCUGGCUCGUUGCCCCUCUAACACCUACUGUCACAACACAGAUGGAUCAUAUGAAUGCAGAGGAUGUGACCAGGCAUGUGUGGGCUGCAUGGGUAGUGGUCCUGCCCGCUGUAAAAAAUGUGCGCGUGGCUACAGACUGAAGGGAGCGAAGUGUCUUGAUAUAGAUGAAUGUAGUGAACGUGCCAUAGCAUGCCCGGGACUCAAUGAGGCCUGUAUAAAUGAGGAGGGCUCCUUCCACUGUGACUGUGCUAAUGGCUUUAUCAGAAGAGACAGCAUCUGUGUUGAAAAUAAACCUCCUGCUGGCCCAGAGAAGGGACUCUUUGACGAUAUGACAGAUGAUGAGGUCCUUGUACUGCAACAGAUGUUCUUUGGAGUGGUAAUCUGUGCCCUAGCCACCCUUGCUGCCAAGGGUGACAUGGUCUUCACAGCUAUUUUCAUUGGAGGUGUGGCUGCUAUGGCUGGAUACUGGCUGACUGAGAAGGGAGACUACAUGCUGGACGGAUUUCUGAAGGGACGCUAGACUGCAUUGGACCGUAGCUUGAAUAAAAAGACGGGUCAAUUUGGGUAAAUAGGAAUCAGUUUGAGGCAAGAAACUAGCUCUGCAAUGCUAGAUUUUCAGGGAUUUACUUGUGACUGGGGAAUUAAUUUAAAGGGCGUGGGUUAAUUUAUGUGUAUGAGUUGCAUAACACGGGAAGAAGGGAGAACUUAAAGAACAUGAAGCCAUGAAGCUUUAAGAGGAGUAACGAAGCAUCACUGCACUGAUGGAAAGGAACUGAACUUACUUCCCUACCUCAGCUGUGUUGGGAACAAGGGUGACAUAAAGACCACUACUGAUUGUGAAAAUCUUAUGCAUUUGGAUAUGAUGUCUGGUCUUUGUCUCUCUUGAAAAGAUUUUUUUUUUUUUCAUCUACUCUAUUCAUGAAGUCCAUCUGCGUUUUCCCCAUUUCAGCUCUCCCUCCCUCCCAUAGUUUGAAUGGCACAUGAGUUGUGAGUGUGUCAGGUUACUAAUGCACUUGAACUUACCGCUGUGGGACAUUGGGUAGGAUGGAGAUAUCACAAUUUCCCAAAUUCCCCCAGUGAAGCACUCAUAAAACUCUGGGAUAUUUACAUUAAGAACAGCCAUUUAUUUAUGUUCACAGAAUAACUUUUUACCUCUUUGUCCCAGAAUAAUUCUUUGUAAUAAUAAUGCAUGAUAAAUAGGAUUGGAAAUGAAAGAUACAGCACCCUAUGUAUUUAUUUGUCCUACUUGGCAUGGAAGAUAACUUUUUAAUAGCUGCUGGGUCACCAACAUUACUUAUUUAAGUACCAGGAUCCUGUUACAGGAAGCAGGUUAAGCCAACAGUGCUGAGUUUGUUAACCCCGAGAAACGUUUUUUCAGUUCUAGAAAUAGAGUUAACUACUUUUCAUUUCCUCAUUCAAAAGGCCACCGUUAAAGGUCAGAGCCAAGCAAAUUAUCCUGCAGACGUCAGAAUAAAAUCUGUAGCUGUCAACCUGUCUGAACUCCACUGAAUGUUCCUAAAACAAUGGGUGUUUAUUGUUUAAAUCAUUUUAAUCUGUAUAAAGCUUUAGACACAUGAUGCUGGUUAAUGAUCACAUUUGUCAUGUUGUAAUCAAGUGAAAAUGAGGCUGCAAGGACUUUAAAGGGCACUAAAAUGCAAUUAAACAUAUUUUAAAGCGACUUGCUCCACAUAUUGUUGUUCGGUCAUGAAAUUUUGUCAUCGUUUUGAAAGACAGUUUCUAAAGUUUGGUGUCUGAACCUGAACAUAUUUUCCACUGAAAAUGGCCCAAACCAGUCUCGCUGCGUGUACCCAGAUAGCAGUAGUGACCAGAAGUGGAUCCAUCAGCAAUGCUGAAUAGUCUAACAUUUUCUGAUUUAGUGUAAGAGACAGUAAAUUGUGCCUUUUUACAGAGUCAUCAUUAAGCAUAAACAAGCUAAAUAUAGUUUCAACUAAGUAAAUACAACAAGGAACAAGUUAAGCUUAUUUGUUUCAGUUUUAUUUCAGUUAUUUUAGCUGUCUGGGAAGAGUUUCUCAGUUUCAGUUUGGACAUAUCCAUAGAUUGGGAUACCAUUUUUAAAAAAUUUUUUUUAAUGUAAUAUCUGACAGUUAUGACACACACAUACUGUCUCACUUUGCACCGUAUUUUUACUCUGUGCAAAACUGAAAAAUAAAUCUAGCAAAGAAACAACAAAUUAUACUGCUGCUUGAUUUUCUUUGUGGUACCUUCUAUCAUUUGAUCAUGUACCCAGUGAUGGCGUGCCCUUCACUGGGUACAUGCCAGCGCAUGCCCUGCAGAACCAGUUAGGCACUUUCUCAAAAGGUAACACUUGAAAACAACGGAUAAAAAUGCUGUGCAGAUCCACAUGAAUAGGAAUAUUGCAUUAUCAGAGUGUAACUGACGGUUACUUUCUUUUUCUACUCAUGUGUGCGUUUAACUUGGGGUUAUUGUCAUCAGAGUUAAAUGAACUUGCGGUAAACUUCAAAGUUGCCUAUUUCAGAGAUAAACAACUCUGAGUUCAUUUUUAAACUCAGUUUUCUAAACCUCCUGGAACAGGAUCCAGCUCUAUUCUACAUACAAGCGUUUUGUGUUGCCUUUAUUUUGAAGUUAUAUUUAUGUUGUCAUAUUUUAUUAAUAUUUCCUUUAUACUUGUGUGUGUGUGCUAUCAGCAUAUAUUUUUAAGAGUUAAAUUGUAGUUCUGGGAGAUACAUUAGCAUCAUGUUGGAUUGCCACUCAAUAGAGCGUCACUUUUUAUCCGUCCAAUUAUCUAUUUAUUUUUAUUUUAAGGUAUGCUUGAUUAUUUUCCGAGUGUGGAAUGUUGUCCAGAGUCAAAAUUCAUUAGCGAUGUUUGCAUUACAAUAAAAAGUCUGGCACUCUUGUUGUUUUUGUUUAUUUAUUUAUUUGAUCUUUGUCAGAGUUCCAUGUUUGCAUCAUAUUAUAAAUGACAGGGAAAUCGGGAGUAGUUCAUCAUUGAGAUAAACUCUUGGCAUUAGUUAAUUUCUUUUUAUUAGAAAGGUUCUCAUUGUUAUUGUGUAGUGAUGUUAAAAAAGUACACGCUCUUUCAAUUCUAAGGUUUUACUUACAGGAUGUAAUGAUACAAAAUAAUCUGCUCCAUAAAUCAUGUAACUACAACCUCAGACAAAAAACAAAGUAAAAAUGCUGAAGUCUUUUUUGAUUGAAUCCUUUGUAAAACCGUCUUCAGCAGCAAUAACUUCAACUAACUGCUUUUCUGUGUGAUUCUAUCAGUCAGAGGAAUUUUGUGCCACUCAUUACGUCUUUGCUGCAGAUUAUUGAGGUUUGCAGGCAUUUAUUUAUGCACAGCUCUCUCAAUGUCUGGACUUUCUGUGGGCCACUGCAACACCUUAAUUCUUCUCUUUUUCAGCCAUUCGGUUUAUUUGCUGCUGCGCUUGGGAUCAUUGUCCUUUCACAUGACUCACCUUAACUUUAGCUGUCAAACAGGUGGCUUCACAUUUGACUUUAGAGUACUUUGACAUACAGAGGAGUUCACGCUUGAUUCAAUGACUGCAAAUUGCCUGUGGCUGCACAACAUGGUGCUUGACAGGUGGUAUGAAGUGUUUGUACCAGUGAUGUUUGGU